AUGGCGCCUCGCAAGCCCCGUUGCAACUUUAAGGAGUGCAAGGAAGCUGCGCAGCGGAUCGUCGGUGACUGCAGCUUUUGCCACGGCCACUUCUGCUCCAAGCACCGCAUGCUCGAGGCCCAUUCCUGUUCUGGUCUGGAGGACUGCAAGAAGGAGUCGCAUGCCCGCAAUGCCGAUAAGUUGAAUAGCGAGCGGACGGUGGUAGUCAAGGGUGUAUGA